CAGAUGGAGCGCACGUCUCUGGUGCUCAGUAAAAGUGGAAAAGUGAAAAAGUAGCAAGUGAAAACUACUAGUGCUGUGUCCAGUUUCGCAGUUUCGUAGUUCCAGAACAGAACAGGAACGAAAAUCGUGGAAAUGUAAAUAAGUGCAGACCGAAAGUCUUGAAAUUCGAAAGCUCAGCGAUAAGUGUGGACAACAGUGCGAUCACCGCUUGAUUUCUUGUACGAGUAAUACCCAAAAGUGUCAUAUAUACUCUCUGCAUGUUGGCUGCUAAUUAAUUGGCAAACAAACACGUCUAAGUGCGAAAUUGAUUUCGAAAACAGGGAAACGAGGGAUAGUUAAAAAGCAAGUUGCCGCUGUCAUGCCGCAUCAUCGCCAUCACCAGCACCAGCCGACGAGCAGCCAAAACAAUUUGACAUUUCUAAAAUCGAAUUACAAAUUCAAGCGCAGAGCGAUGUCGAUGGCCAUCCGCGCACUUCCUGCGACGACCACAACGCCAGCAGCGGAAGCGCGUAGAGGAGAACUAAGCCAAAACACCAACCAAUUAGCGGCAACAAUGUCAAAGACGUCAGCAGCAACAGCAACAGCAACACAAUUGGCAAGAGCAACUAGCCGCGAAUGUAGAACAAUUCUAGGUUUAUUUAUAGUAAGCGCAUGGAGCGCUCUGCAAGAGUUGGCCAAUUGCUUACGCCAGGAUGAAGAUCGCUAUGCUGGCCAUGGCCGUGACGUCAAUGCGUUGUCCGCUGCCUCUGACGAGGUGUCAAUGGCACGUGAGCAACAACAACAGCGGCAGCACCACGUACCCUCGGCCACUUCUAGUCCCACCAAAAGCAUGCGCCGCACGAGAGCAGCAGCAGCAGCAUCAACUGGCAACGCAGCAGCAUCAACUUGCAACACAGCAGCAGCAGCAGCAACUUGUGGCCAUCAGUUGGGUGGACAGCCUUUGAUGGCUCUGUUAAUUGGAUUGCUGCUACUGAAUUUUCGCCUGGCGGCGGCUGGCACCUGUUGGCAGACGCACCUGGGCAGCGGGAAGUGUGGACAGGUCUUCUCCACGGACAUCUCGAGGUCGGAGUGCUGCGGCGCCAGCCAGAGCUUCUCCUACACGGAUCGCGAGCUGAGCAGCGUGGAGUACUUCUUUGCCACGGCCAUUGGUGGCGGCGUGGAGUGCUCGCCCUGCAUGGAGAGCUGCAAGGGCUUCAAGUGCGGCCCGAACAAGAAGUGCGUAAAGCGCAAGGGUCGGCCCAAGUGCGUUUGUGCACCCGAAUGCGGAGCUGCCCUGCGACGCAGGACACACCAGCAGGAGCAGGAGCAGCAGCAGCAGCAGGAGCAGGAGCAGGAAGAGGAGCAGGAGAUGCAGCAGAAGCCACCCCGCGAGUCCCGUAGUCUAAGUAGCGAAAAUACCAACUUCAAUUUAGGUUUAGACGGCGGCCAACGCCAACGUGCUGAUAACCAAAGAAAGCUGCAGCCUCGCGAGUCGAAGCACCGCCGACUUUUGAUCAUAGACAGCAGCAGCAGCAGCAGCAACAGCAACAGCAACAGAGGCAGCAGCAAUUUGCCAGAUCAGCCCACAAGUGGCAGACGCGGCCGGGUGGAGAUGACGGGCUAUGAGAGGCGCAGACACAGAAACAGCCAUGGCAAACACUUAACAAGAUCAAUGACGACAGGAGCGAAUGACUCGUUCCCGGCAGACAAGACGCCUGCGCAGUCGCCUGCCGCAGACUCAAUCUUGGCUCAGUCUAGACUUGGCAACUUGGCAAAUGCUAAUGAACCCGCCAACGACAUUAAUAGACGGCUCGAGUCGACGACUCGAGUCAGACACCAGCAUGCCAGACGCAUCGAGCAUGCUCCAAAUCCAGACAAUGGGCUAAGGAAAAGGCAGCAGCAGCAGCAUAAGCAGCAGCAACAGCAACAGCAGCAACAGGAUCGAAUGGAUACAGAAGCGCUGUCAGCGAAUACCACUGUGUCUGGGUCUGGGACAUCGAAUCAGCGUCGAAUCUCUCAGUUGCAACGCGGAAGUGAAACGGCUGCGUCAUCGGACCUCGCUAAUACCCAUGACUUGGCUCAUUUGGGCGGAUUCUACGCGCCCCUGCCGCUGCAGCACUCGAAUCCGGUUUGCGGCACCGACGGACGCACCUACAACACCGAGUGCCAGCUGCGCAAGCGCGCCUGCCGCACCAACAACGCCCAACUGGAGGUCGCCUAUCGGGGCCACUGCAAGAACAGCUGCAGCGGAGUCCAGUGCUUGAACGGAUUGACCUGCGUGGAGGACCAGUAUCUGAUGCCCCACUGCAUCGCCUGCCGGAUCGAGUGCCCCUGGGACAACCUGGACGUGGAGGACUCCAGUGGCUACGACGAGCGACAGGCUGUGUGCGGCGUGGAUGGCAAGACGUACAGGAGUGCCUGUGAUAUAAAUCGAAUGAUUUGCAAAAUUGGACGUUCCAUUGCCGUGGCAUAUCCGGGACCCUGUCGAGCAGGCCGCGUGAGCUGUGCGGACAUCAAGUGUGGGCCAAAGGAUAGCUGCCUGGUGGAUCUGCAGACGCGCCAGCCGAGAUGCGUGUCCUGUCGCUACAAGUGUCCGCGAAAGCAGCAGCGACCGGUGCAUAAAAUAUGCGGCUACAACAACCAGACAUACAACUCGUGGUGUGAGAUGCACAAGCACUCCUGCGAGUCCCGCUACUUCAUCGGUGUCAAGUCGCAGGGUAGCUGCUAGGAUCCCGGAUGCAUCUCUCGGUCACAUCGGCCUAGGGCCUAGUGUAGUGUGUUCUUC